AUGAACACAACACAAAUACCACCACGAAACAUUGUUCCACCUCCUCGUCCGUCCCACAACGGCUUACCAAACUCGUCGCCUGCAGAAAGAAGCCCACCAACCAUUUUACAGUCUUCCUCCCCAAAAACGUCUGAAAAAUUCAACUCAUAUAACCAAACCGUUACUGGCCACUCACUCGUACCUCAACGUUCAGCUCCGCCGCCACCAAAAUCUGUGCAAAAAUCUGUACAAAUGAGCAGCAGCGCUUCCGGUUUGAGUCAUAAUGGUAAUUUAAAGUCAAACUCGUCGUCGUUAAAUUCACGCCAUGGGUCUCCUACUUCAAAGAAAUCUGCAAGUUUAGGUCCGCCUCCAAAACCUAACCGAACAACUGCUGGAACGCCAACAAUUCAAUCUCCUCUAGCUCGAAGUCCGUCUGCUGGUAGUACCCCGGCAAAAUCCCCUGGGAUGUCGACCGAUUCUACUAGCGUUUCUCCUACUUCAACUAAAUAUUCGCAAAGUGGGAGUUAUAGCUCUGUUAAAGCCCCACCUAUCAACGUACACGGCGACGCUAUUCAACCUGCAAACAAUGAAAAAGACGGGCACAACAGAUCUCUCAAAGGUGUACUGAAUAACAUGUUUAGUUCAAUGACCGAUCUAUUAUCAACACAAAAAAGAGUAGAAAUUUCAUCGCCUUAUGACCCAGUUCAUUUAACUCAUGUUGGUUUCAACCAGGAAACUGGCGAAUUCACGGGCUUACCAAAAGAAUGGCAGCAAUUGUUACAAGAAUCCGGUAUCUCUAAAGAAGAUCAACAGGCCCAUCCUCAGGCUGUGUUGGAAAUUGUAAAAUUUUAUAAAGAUACAACAGAAGGAGGCAAAAAUUCAAUUUGGGAAAAAUUUCAUCAUGCAACACUCACAACAAGUCAAUCACCACCAUCUAGUUUGCCAACUUCACCUCGUAUGGUGGAUAAACAAUUUGAGAAUCCUGUGAGUGUAGAAAACCUCAGAUCUGCACCAAACCCUCCUUCGGAAAAGAAAAAGUCAAAUCCACCAGGUGUCCCUGCAAGAUCAGUUAAUGCUCCAGCUGUAACGGAAAAAAGUCAAAAUAGGCCAAAAUCACCCAGCAAAGCUUCUUCACCAAAGCUUCCACGUAACCAAGAACCUCCAAGGCUUCCUCCAAUACAGCCGUUACCUCCGCUCGAAA